AUGUCUUCGGGUUUCGAUCCCACAAAUGUCAAUCUUGAUACCGCAGAUCUAGCGGCAGUGGUUUGCUACCUCGAAGCUGCGGGAAACGAAUACAAUGGCCGCUUAGGCGCACGCAUCUCGGCACUCUUCGUGAUUCUCAUCGUAUCUUCCGCUGCAACCUUCUUCCCGGUCAUCGCAGCUCGAGUCUCGUGGGUUCGAAUCAACAUCUAUGUGUAUCUCUUCGCUCGGUACUUUGGAGCUGGAGUCAUCAUUGCGACUGCUUUUAUCCAUCUCCUAGAUCCGGCAUAUGCGGAGAUAGGCCCUAAUACAUGCGUAGGAAUGACGGGCCACUGGGCCGUCUAUUCCUGGCCGCCAGCUAUUGUCCUCGUAUCUGUGAUGUUGAUCUUUCUCUUGGACUUCGUAGCAGAGCAGUAUGUCGAACGCAAAUACGGCUUUGCACAUACCCAGCCGAAUGUCGAGAGGCUUGUCACCGAUCAUCCCGGUGAUACGGAAGGCGCCGAACCUCCAUCUCGAUCUCGGUCCCUCACCCAUCAGCAACUUCAUUCAGGCGAUCAAGACGAAGAACUUCAUAUUGCCAUAUCCCGUGCACAGGAGCGCAAGGACCAGCCCGCCAGCAAAGCUGCUGAGAAUGCCGACAUCGAGGAGUCAUCUUUAAAACAAACCGAAGAGAUAGAAGAGCGCUACUUCCAACAACAAAUCGCCGCGUUCCUCGUGCUCGAGUUCGGUGUGAUAUUUCACAGCGUGAUCAUCGGCCUCAACCUGGGCGUAGCAGGCUCCGAAUUCAACACUCUAUAUCCCGUCCUCGUCUUCCAUCAAUCAUUUGAAGGCCUCGGAAUCGGGGCACGGAUGUCAGCUAUUCCGUUCCCAAAACGUUAUUCUUGGUGGCUCCCGUGGUUCCUGUGCGCCGGAUACGGCCUCACGACACCAAUUUCGAUCGCCAUCGGUCUUGGAUUGCGGACGACUUACAAUAGCGGCUCAUUUAUAGCGAGGGUCGUCUCGGGAGUCCUGGAUUCUACAUCGGCUGGGAUUCUGAUCUAUACUGGACUGGUGGAAUUGUUGGCGAGGGACUUCUUGUUCAACCCUGAGCUGACGAGGAGUUCAAGACGCUUAGCGUUCAUGGUUUUCAAUGUUUUCCUUGGUGCAGCUUUGAUGGCUUUGUUGGGGAAAUGGGCGUAA